AUGACAGAAGAUUUCGUUCCAUCUGCAUCUAUUGAUAGUCAUUCAAUGCCAAUGGAAGUACAAAUACCAUUAUUAGAAUCAUCUUCAAACAUAAAAGGUUCUAGCCAACAUAAUGAUCUUAAAUCUCAUGCAAAUAAUACUAACAAAACAGGUUUCUCAUCCGGUGACGAAAAGAUAUCUGAUCAACGUAUGGCUCGGUCUUCAACUAAUGGAUCGAAGACAUUAAAACUGUCUGAUAAAUUAUUUGCUGUAGCUCAGUUACAAACAUUAGGAUUCUAUCAAGCAUUACUUAGUGAAUUUAUUGGAACAAUGUUACUUGUAAUAAUAGGUUCAUCUGUUGGUAUACCAGUUGCAUCUACUCCUCCUGUACCUGCUUUGCAUGGUGCUCUUGCAUCUGGUUUUAUUGUUGCUACGAUUAUCGUUGGAUUUGGUCAUACGAGUGGAGCACAUAUUAAUCCAGCUGUUACAGUAUCAUUUCUUGCUGUAUGUGAAAUUGAUUUUCUACGAGCAUUUUGUUAUAUUGGUAUGCAACUUCUCGGUGCAAGUUGUGGUUCGAUUUUAGUAAAAUUACUUGUAUCACCAGGUGUUCAAAGUAAUUUAGGUAUGACAACGAUUACUACAGGUGUUUCAAUUACACAAGCAUGUGUAGUGGAAUUCAUUAUUACUUUUAUAUUAUGUUAUACUGUACAUGCUAUUUGUGAUAAACGACGUGAUGAUAUUGGUGGUUCAAAAGCUUUAGCCGUUGGUUUAGCUGUAGUAGUAGGUUGCUUAUUUGGUGGUCCUUAUACAGGUGGUUCAAUGAAUCCAGCUCGAUCAUUUGGACCUGCUACAGUAAUGAAUACAUGGGAAAAUCAUUGGGUUUAUUGGUUCGGACCACUGACUGGUUCUAUUGCAUCAGCAUUAGUUUAUACGCACAUCUUAAAACACCAUCAUCAAUAA